GAAGAAUUCCACAGCACAUGUAUGAUAAGGUGCUGCAUCAACUCACCAGGUCCAAUUCAGACUAGACGGGUUUUCGUUGUUGGCAAAACAGCCAUCCCAACUUUUGUUUUUAACGCAUGGCUAUCUAGGUCGUGGACGAUUAUGGAAGAUCUCACGGCGUCGAUUGACGGGUCAGAAUCAGAGCCAGAGUCAACUCUCGACACACCACAGGCUCCAGGCAGUGGGCUUACAGCAGAAGCAAACAAGAGUCUUCAGCUCUAUGGUGAUCUCAUUGUCCUGUUGAGCAAUCAGCCCUCGUUGCCACAGGGCGUUGAUCUAACACGCAUCUUGGAGGAGUUUGGGAGGCUGCGGAUAUGGACGGAGCAGACCGGAGCUUCUGCUAGAGAUCGAGGGUCAUUGGAAGAGACACUCCGAGAUGACCCUGCGUUGCGUGACUCCAUAACCCAGUGUCUGGAGCGCCUCGGCCUCCAAUUAUCUACAGCUAUUUCAUUCAUAUCACCUCAGUCUUCAGACAGAUCAUCAGCCCAAGAUACCGAUCCAGACUCAGAUUCUGGCAGCAGUUUCACUUCCAACAGCAAAUCCUCCCAAGACGGUCCCGGCAACGGGUUGGCAAGCUCACAGCGGUCGAUGCCACGGUCCCGUAUUUCCAAACUUCCCCUUCUGGUUCGGCACAUCACUGCACAAAUCAGACUUCUCUACUCAUUCAGCAACAUCCUGCGACGCCCCAGGCUGAAGAACCGCUACCUCCGCUCCACUGGGGGAGGAACUGGCCCGCAGAUACCCCCUCCAGGGCCUUAUGAGAUUUCUCACAUAGAACAGAAGCUCAAGGCAUGGGCACAACUUACUACUCACAGCUUCAAUGACGACUCUAGCGACUUCGGUGUGGAAGAAGACAACGCAGAGCCUUCUCGUGAUGUGCCGGAAAAGCUACAAGAGCCAUCUCCUGUUCAACUAGAUCCAAAACUGCAGGGCCUAUGCUACCGCCUCGCAGCAGCAAACGCAAGGCGCAGAGAGCAGCUUCGACACUGGGUGUCGCACCCUUAUGGCCAUUCCAAAAGAUCCCGGGCCACUUUUGAUACCAAGUCAGAGACCAAGUCUCGCGCCGCCCCUGACAGAAAGACUGUUGCCCGGUCGGUACUUUCUUCUAACAUUGGAACGGUAGUUUCGGGCUCGUCUGCCCCCUUUUCGGCAAUUUACGAGUCCAGAGGGGAUCCAAAGAACCAAACCACUGUCGCAAAGACUCUUUAUGCAAGUUCGAUCGUGGGCGAUGACGGUGUGGACGGCUUGAGGGUGCCCAAGGUUCCCCGUGAAUCUCUGGAGGCGCCGCAGUUUGAGUGUCCGUAUUGCUAUGAGAUGCUGGAUUCGGAAAUCAUGCAAUACCGCACAGCCUGGAAGCGACACGUCUUUCGAGACCUGAGGCCAUACACAUGUACCUUCCCCGACUGCGCUGAGCCGGGGAAACUCUACGUCACUCGCCACGAGUGGAUCUACCACGAGAUGCAAGUGCACCGCCGGACCUGGACCUGCCGGAGCUGCAGCCAUAAAUGCCCGACUAGCGAGCAGAUGGCCUCGCACAUAGAAAGCGCCCAUGCCGAUGGCUCCAACGUCGCACAGCAGCCUCAGUACCUCAAGGCACUACUCCAGGUCAGCGAGGUUGCUGCCGAGGAUUCUGUGGUUGAGCAGUGUCUAUUCUGCAGCAAGAACAUGUCUCUAAGGCGACUGAUGCCCCAUGUCGCCGGUCACAUGGAGACGCUGGCGCUUUUUGCUCUGCCGCAUGGGGAUUUUGACGUGUCGCCGAGCGAUUCAGAAGUUUCUUCUGUUGAUUAUUCGACGGAAGGUUCAAUAGCUCCUUGGAGAAGAAUGCGUCGGAAGUUGCAGUAA